AUGCCCAAGAUCAAGACGACUCGAACCAAAAGGCCGCCUGAGGGAUUCGAAGACAUCGAGUCUGUCCUCGAUGAUUAUGCUAAGAAGAUGAGGGAUGCUGAAAAUGAGUCGCACGAAGGCAAGCGUAAAUCGGAGUCAUUGUGGCCCAUCAUGCGACUUUCGCAUGCGCGCUCGCGGUACAUCUAUGAGCUCUAUUACAAGAGGGAGGCCGUUUCGAAAGAGCUUUACGACUGGCUGUUGAAGGAAGGCUACGCCGACGCAAACCUUAUUGCAAAGUGGAAAAAGUCAGGUUAUGAGAAGCUUUGCUGCCUACGUUGCAUACAGACCAGAGACAUGAAUUACCAAGGUUCCACCUGUAUAUGCAGAGUUCCUAAAGCUCAGGUCCGCUCCGGCACCAUUGUUGAAUGUGUUCACUGUGGUUGUCGUGGAUGUAGUUCUGAUUCUUGA